GUUCCGUAGUUCACUGGUGGAUCUGCGCCCUGCGAUACCCUUCAAUGAGAUUGAUGUGGAUCCGACACCUCCCGUUACCAUGUUUCCCGAAUGCCUCGCCCGAUCAUCCUUCUACACCGCCAAGCUGCUGGCUGACUACGGAGAUCCGCACGUAGACACCAGCAGCCUUGCGUACAUCACCGCUACUGAGGCCGCGUGGAUGCCACACCUCCGUGAGAUGCGGCAUAUCUCGUACCGCGAGAGCGGUCAACGUGCAAAACUGGCCUGGGCGCAGUUUCGGUACAAUUGGCUCCGUAUCCUCCUCUAUCUCCCUCAUAUCGGGCACGAGCGCCUUGCCCCGCAGGCUUGGGCGACAAUUACGCGCGCCGUGGAGCAGAUCAUGUACUCGUACUCGGACCUGAUCAGCGUCAACCAGCUCAACCCCUCAUGGCCGCAGGUCCAGCGUCUGGUGGUCUGCGGACAGUUGCUAAUCCUCGCACACGACGCCGGUGAGCUACAUCGGCGAGAGGCGCAAACCCUUUUCCAGCUCCUGCACGAUCUACUCCUCAAGCACCAAGACACAUGGCCGAUUUGCGCUGAGCUCAUCAUCGGGUUCAAGGGAGUCACACAUGUAUUCGAUCUCAAGGUCGGGCCUGAACACUCGGUGCCGUUCCAUGCUGUUGAUGAGGUGGUGGCAGACCCUCAGGUUGACGGCUGGCCGUACGCGUUCGGCUUCGACUUUGACCUGUCGACAUUCCCGUUCUCCUAGGAGUUGUACAUGGGUUGUAUUCCGAUGCGCGGUGUAUAUGG